AUGAAAAGGACGAUCCCGGACUAUAUUCACUAUCGUGGGCCAUAUUUUGCUGACUUUUUCUACUUGACGCAGGAUUCGUCACCAAUUCAACGAGGACCCGAAAAAGUGCCCUGUGUUGAUCGGCCUGAUUUACUUCUCAUUCUGCACACGGACGAUUCCGAAGAGGAGAAAGGUUUUGUGGCCGAAUAUCGAGAAGCACCACGUGGACGUAUACGACCGAAAGUUCAAAUGCCACGACCUGUUCCCAAUAAAGAGCCCAUCAGUUGA